GUCAUUUGCAAAUCCAUCAGCUGAAUCAAUACAGCAGGGAAAAGAUGCUUUGGCCUGUGGAUUGCUGGAGCAACUCAAAUCAAGGAGUGUUCUUCCCACAGUCAUUCCUUUUCGUCACGAUGUUUUCGAGUACUUUUUUGGUGGGAAGGGUGAAAAAAGCAAUGAGCGGGGGGCUAUACUUUUAAACAAAGCUGACUUUGAUGCAUGCGAUUUACCCAAGGAUUGGGAUAACGUAGUGGACCACAUAGGAGAUGGCCUGAGGAUAGAUUUUCCUGUGAAGAUUCGCCCUUUCCUGUCAUGGAGCCCGAAGACUCAUGCUUUGGUUGGAGGAACAAUUGUGCCAUCUCCGAGAUAUCGUCCGGAGAAGAUUAGUAUUUCCAUUUGUAAAACAGCAUUUAGUUUAUCAUAA